AUGAUUAUUCUCUUAACCAAUACACAAUUCCAAUUUAAUCCUCCGAUCAACACAACACCACCACUUCAAUCCCCAGAGACACUAACGAGAUACCGAACCGAUGGAAGCUUCUGCGAGAGGCAAUCUGAGAGCGGGACGACACAUAUAACCGGAAAGAUCUCAGGACUCUCUCCUGGCUUCCAUGGAUUUCAUAUUCACUCUUUCGGUGAUACCACAAAUGGCUGCAUCUCUACUGGACCUCACUUCAAUCCAUUAAAUCGAGUUCAUGGGCCACCGGAUGAGGAAGAGCGUCAUGCUGGCGAUUUGGGUAACAUUCUUGCAGGAUCAGACGGUGUUGCUGAAAUCUCAAUCAAAGACAAACAGGUUUUGCAAGUCCUAAGCUUCUCUGUCAUCUCUAUUGUCCCAAUUAUCUCGGGUUGCUCUUUGGUUUCACAGAUACCGCUUAGUGGGCAACAUUCCAUACUCGGGAGGGCUGUUGUUGUACAUGCUGAUGCUGAUGACCUUGGGAAAGGAGGACACAAGCUUAGCAAAUCAACAGGAAAUGCAGGCGCACGAGCUGGAUGCGUACGCUGCCGGAAACAGAGUUCAGUCCAUAAAUCCUCCCAGGUUGCACGAGAUCUUCCCGAAUCUUCUCCACGUCACGUGACACAAUGGUCGACGGCUUCGAACCUAUCCUCUCAGCCAUGUGUUUCUGUAGGAAGAAUUGUCGCGAAGAGAGGCAUCGUGGGGCUUGUAUUCCAUCACAUAUGCAUGAGGCAGCUUCAAAUGCCGCUUGAUUGA